UAACCAAGAUUAGAAUGUGUUGACUGUUGCUUAGUAAGGGGGAUAGAUCACUGAGGGUGCACACAACAGCCAAGCCACAAUUUCAGUAAAAUCAUCAAAUAAAUUUUGGUCUUUUCAGUCAUUGUUGAGUACUUCUCCAAGCAACUCUUAAAUAAACAAUUUAAUUUUCAUAUUAAAUUGAUAAUAUAUAUAUUAAUUUAAUAUUAAUUGUUAUAAAUUUUUGUAUUAAAUUAAUUAAAAUCAUGGAAUAUUUGAGCUUUGAUCCAGCAACAAAAAAUUUAUCCUUGGUUCAUGGAGAAAUACCAAAACCAGGACCUGAUGAAAUACUUGUUCGAGUUCAUUAUUCUGGUAUUUGUGGAACAGAUCUUCAUAUUCUUGAUGGAUCAUUUCCAGCAAAAAAGGAUGGAGCAUUGACUCUUGGUCAUGAAUUUUCUGGUGUAAUUGAAGACAUAGGAAAUAUUGUAAAAGGUUUUAAAAUUGGUCAAAGUGUUGCCAUUGAUCCAAACAGUGGUUGUAAUAAGUGUGAUUUUUGUCAUACUGGCAAGUAUCAUUUUUGUGAUAAUGGUGGUAUAAAUAAUACCAUUGGAAUAUUUAGAAAUGGAGGCUGGUCAACUCAUGCUGUUGUUCCAGAAAGUCAGGUUUAUCUAUUACCAUCAGGUGUUGAAAUGCCUCAAGCAGCAUUGGCUGAACCAUUGUCAUGUCUUGCUCAUGGUUGGGACAUAAUAAAUCCAGUAAAUGUUGGUACAAAUAUUCUUGUUAUUGGUUCUGGUAUUAUUGGACUUCUUUGGGCUUGUCUUUUACAUUUACAUGGUUCAAGAAAAACAGUGACAAUCAGUGAACCAAUUGAAGCAAGAAGAGAAGCAGUUAAAAAACUUGAUCUUGAUUAUGAAAUAAAUAGUCCAAGUGAAUUGAAAGAUAAACGUUUUGAUUUGGCUGUUGAUUGUAGUGGUUCUGGACCAGCAAUGGAAGCUGCUGUACCAUUAUUAAAACGUGGUGGUCGUCUUUGUGUUUUUGGUGUUGCUAAUCCAAAAGCAACACUUACAUUAAGUCCAUUUGAUAUUUAUAUGAAAGAAUUGACAAUUCUUGGUGUUAAUAUUAAUCCAUUUACAUUUCCAAAAGGCUUGGCACUUGUACGUGCAAUGUCAAAACAAUAUUUAAUAUUUGAAAAUUUAGGAAUUAAAGUUUAUAAACUAUCAGAAUACAAAGAUGCAUUUGAAGCAUUAAAAAAAGGUGCUAUAAGCAAAGCUGUCUUUAAAUGUUGUUAAAUUAUAUUUUUUUUUUUUUCUUUUUUUUCUUUUUUCUUGUGUGUAAAAAUUAAAUAAACAAAUCAAAAAGAAAAUGAUUAUUAAAAAAAGAAUAACAAGUGUAAUAAUUAAUUAUUAUUUCUACUGUAAUUAUAAAUGUACUUGAUUAGUCUGAUUUUUUUAGUUUGCUAUCUUUAAUUGAGUUGAGAUAAGCCGAG